UAAUUAUUUUUAAUUUUUUAACACACAAUUUUAAUAAAAUAUUAAUUAAAAAUGGGUCACGAAGAAAUAACGCAUAAGCAGGAAGACAAUGAAAAGACUGGUACAAUUAUCACAUCAUACAAAAUGCGUCCCUCAUUGGGAGAAACAUUUAAGGGAAGCACAAUUAAGGAAAUUAUUCGAGAGAUUAUGUUCGAAAAGUUGCAAGGAAAAACAUAUAACACGGAAGAUGUGAAACUCUGGACGAGAGAUAUUGCUGAUGGCAUUAACGCUGCUAUUAAAGAUCGUUUGGUUAUGCCUCGAUAUAAAUACGUUGUACAGGUUAUGUUGGGCCAACAACUUGGAGCUGGAUGUCAUUAUUACUGUAAAUGUUGUUGGGAUGCCGAGUCUGAUUCUCAAACAUCCGAUGUUUUCACAAAUACUAGCCUAUUUUGCGUAACUACUGUUUUUGGCGUUUAUUUGUACUGAAUGAUUAUUAGAUUUUUAUGAAUAUAAUUUUAAUAUAGAUUUACUUAAUUAAAAAAAGGAA